GCACUGCUGACUGGAGUGCACUGCAUUCUAAAAUGAAUGUUGUGAGGUCAAAUUUCUCUUCUGCUCUCCUUAGUAUAGAAGCUCUCGUUAAAGAGAGUGCGUUUAUAGCUAUAGACACAGAAUUUACAGGUCUAUCAACUAAUGAAAGCGAUAAUAGAAGUUUAUUUGAUACUAUUGAGUCCCGUUAUGCCAAGCUUCGUAGAACAGCCCAUAGUUUUACGAUAUGCCAAUUCGGAAUGUCAGUCUUUAUUAGCGACCCCGAAAUGAAACAUUACACCGCCCACUCAUUCAACUUCUAUUUGUUUCCGAAAACUUUUCAGCAUAUUUAUAACCCAAGAUUUUUAAUCCAGUGCGCCAAUAUAGAAUUUCUCUGUGAACAUUCGUUUGAUUUCAACAAGUGGUUCUACGAAGGGAUUUCAUUUUGCAACCGGCAGGAGGAGGCAAAGCUUACGACUGAAGUAGUUAGCAAGGAAGAAAAAGAGGACAUAGUUGGCUUUAGAAGACUUUUCCAGCUGCUAGUCGAAUCUAAGAAACCAUUACUGGGUCAUAAUAUGCUCCUUGACUUGGCGUACAUGUUCGAUUGCUUUCAUGAGCCACUACCAACUAGUUAUACAGAUUUCAAGGCCACACUUCAUUUGUUGUUUCCAGUCAUUAUUGAUACUAAGAACAUAUCAAGGGCUAUUAGGACAAAAAUGGACAAAUAUAUAAACAAGACGAGUCUUGAUGAGCUGUAUGCUUCAUUAAGCAAUGAAGAGUAUGCUAAAUCUGUCAUUUAUGCACCAGAUGUUGUUCAUAGUCCUGACUCCAGUAGAUAUGGCGAAACUAAGUGCUUUCAUGAAGCUGCUUAUGACGCUUAUUGCGUUGGAUAUGUAUUUCUAAAGAUGGCUCAUUUCCUUGCUAUUAGUAACAUGAGCCAUCCCAGACCAGUUCACUUUAAGCAGUAUCUGAAAACAAUCGAGCCUUACAGCAACAGGAUCAAUCUUGUUCAUGGUCCUAUUAAUUACAUAAACCUUUCUGGUCCUGAUCAAAAAGAAAGAGAGAACUAUAUUAUCAAAGUGAAGACUGCUAGUGGAAAAAAGAUCGAUUUAAAUCACCUGAAACAGGUCAUCAAGUAUGACACAGAGUUCAAGGUGUCAUCUAAAGACUCAGUGUUAGUUGGUAUACCAGUUAGUGGAUGGAUGAAACCAAUCAUAGAUGAAAUAGAAUCAAGUACAUCAGAAUAUAUAGUGGAGAGACAUAGUACUAUCAAGAAUACAAAAAGAUCUAGCAUGAAGAAAGCUAUACCAGUUAUUGCCCUUAUAACUUGUGCCUGUAUUGUCCUUUAUAAAUAUAAUUACUAAUACCAAGAGAUUACUAGAAAGAAGUCAUUUAUUUCUGCA